UUUUUCUAUACACCCAUUGGCCUAGCAUAUAUUCUCAGAUCAGGCCAGCCCUUACCACGCACUCCUUCUUCCUCCUCCAUCGCAUCCUAAUCCUACCUAGCUAGAGCUGCCGCCAUGAACCUAGCAGCUGCCUGCACCUCGAUGGAGAUGAAGGCCAAGCCGGUGAGUGGCGGAAAGAGGACCAGGGCGACUGGCGACACGGCGGCACCGAUGGAGAAGAAGAGGUCCGAGAGGCAGAGGAGGCAGCGCAUGAAGACGCUCUGCGACAAGCUCGCGUCCCUCAUCCCAAAACAACACUUCCCCCACGCUGAUACAUUGAGCCAGCUAGGCAGCCUGGAUGUGGCGGCAUCAUACAUCAAGAAGCUCAAGGAACGGGUCGAUGAUCUACAACACAAGAAGGUCUCUGCACAAGCCAUAGCUACGUUACUGGGAGUUAGUGGCAUCUCGACGCCCACUAUCACUGCUACCACAAGCAGCGGUGCGGGGUCACCAGAAGGAGGAAAAAAAUUGGAGGUAUCACCACGGGUAGUGGAUGUGCGGCAAUACGACGAUGAAAGCAUGGAGCUAAGGCUGAUAUGCAGCACAGAGAGGCCUAUCAAGAUCCAUGAGGUGAUCACCAUUCUUGAGGAAGAAGGGGCUGUCAUCAUUAACGCUAAUCACUCUGUUGCUGCCGACAGAAUAUUCUACACUAUACACUCCCGGGCUUUCAGCACAAGAAUUGGUAUAGAUGUUUCAAGAAUUUCCGAACGACUGGGAGCAUUGGUAUGAUAGUAAGUCAAUUUGUGUAAAAAGUAAAUAUAAACAUCCCAGAAAUGGUACAUGAUGUCUAUUCAUUAACUAACUACCAUUAGGGGUGGAAACACCUUAACUAUAACUAGUAAAAGUGUUGAACUCACAACAUUAUCAAUGUAUGCAAAAAAAAUGUGGACCAAUCUUCGAUCUAUAAUCACCCUCUAUAAUUUCUAUAAACAAGUUUUGGGCAAUCAUAGCUUGUUGUACUACAUGUUAAAUACUCCCUC